CCUCGGUCAUCUCCUGAGUUUAUCUGCAGAGCUGAGGACAGAGAAGUCUAGCCACCAAGCCCAGCUUUCCUCCAGUGCGCAGCCCCGACGGGGCCGUGGCAGGCGCAGCGAGAACGCCGACGGAGCCAUGAGAGAGUACAAAGUGGUGGUGCUGGGCUCGGGCGGCGUGGGCAAGUCCGCCCUCACGGUGCAGUUCGUGACCGGCUCCUUCAUCGAGAAGUAUGACCCCACCAUCGAGGACUUCUACCGCAAAGAGAUUGAGGUGGACUCAUCGCCGUCGGUGCUGGAGAUCUUGGACACGGCGGGCACGGAGCAGUUCGCAUCCAUGCGGGACUUGUACAUCAAAAAUGGCCAGGGCUUCAUCCUCGUGUACAGCCUUGUUAACCAGCAGAGCUUCCAGGACAUCAAGCCCAUGCGGGACCAGAUCAUCCGCGUGAAGCGGUACGAGCGCGUGCCCAUGAUUCUGGUGGGCAACAAGGUGGACCUGGAGGGCGAGCGCGAGGUUUCAUUCGGCGAGGGCAAGGCCCUGGCGGAGGAGUGGAGCUGCCCCUUCAUGGAGACUUCGGCCAAAAACAAAGCCUCGGUGGACGAGCUGUUCGCCGAGAUCGUGCGGCAGAUGAACUACGCGGCGCAGCCCAACGGUGAUGAAGGCUGCUGCUCGGCCUGCGUGAUCCUCUGAGGCGCCCGCGGCUGCCGCGCGACAGCCGCGCUCUCCGCACAAAAGCCAAACGCACCCGACUCUUCUAAAUGUGAUUUCUCUUCUUGCUUUGAGAUUGGAGAUGACUUUGCAUCGGCUGGGGGGUCUUGGCGCCCGACUGGCCGCGGUGGCCGCGUCCCCCGCCUCUCCCCGGUUUCCUAGGGGCUGUCCCGUCAGGACCAUCCGAGUCCCGGUGGAAAUGUGGAUCUUUGCAGCAUGUACGUUUCUCAUUGAUUUUGGUUGACGCAUAUUUCCCCAUUGAAGCAGCCCUUGGGGCCCUGUAUUGGCGGCUUGACACCGGCAGGCGCAAGUUUCAGUCUGGAAAAAAAAAAAAAAGAAAUGGGGUGGGGGCGGAAGAGGACGGGGAGAAGGUGGAAAGGGGGGUAUUUUUUGUUUUUCUGUCAACAACCGUUUUUCUAGUUCCAAGUUUCAAAAACACGGAAGGAAGUCCGGGAGAACCAAAUGAAGGAGCAGGAGGAGAGGAAGAAACUUUUGUUUUUUCCUUGUUUUCCAGGAGUAGCUGGAAAUUAAGAUCGGGUUCCUUUUCUGCCAGCUUGGAAAGGCAACCCCGUGACUGAUUUCGAUUCUGAGGAUGUCUAUGCAAAGUUGGAUUCUUGUUACAGUGUAUCCAAUCUGAAGUAUUGCACAUCUGAACUGGGACUGUUAACACUGAUGCCAAUACAGUGUGGGGUGCCAGAAAGUGUCUGCUGAUAAUUUGUGGGGGGAAAAAAUCUAUUUUGUUUACCUACUGUAUCAAAGGGGAGUCUGGGGGAGAACGGUAGUAUUUUUUUUUAUCAGCUGUGAAAAAAAAAUGUUACAGAUCUGCACAUUUUUGUGUGUACUGUUGUGUGUGUGUUUUUUUAGAUUUAGCUUUUUGUUCGUAUUGGUUGGCCAUACGUGGUUUUGAUGGCUAGCUCUUUAAACUACAGUACAGAAACUUCGCAAAUGUGAUUCAGGGCCCCCAGCACCCCUGUGUCUGCAGAGUGCCUUCAAAACUCAGCUGUUCCAGCCGGUGCCAACCUGUGAACUUCCCACCAGUUCCCAGAAUCUGUUAUUCCUCCCCAAACUACUUCCCAGUUUACUUCUAAUAAUCUUCCUGAAGGAGCCAGGACAAUAGGGCCUGUUGUUCGUUGAAUUCUUUAUUCUUUCCAGCCUUUAAAAUGUAAUUUACUUGUAAUGCAAUGGGUUAUUUUUUUUUUCUUUUUAAAAAAUUUUUGCUUCAUUUUGUUCCAAUGUUCAGGUAUUUAGCUCCCCUUUUAUAUAAUUUUUUUUUUUUAAUUUUUGGUUUUCUGUUGUAGGGUGUUCCUCCAGAAGCACAGAGCAAAAUUUUACUGUUGUGAUGUACCAAGAGAAUUCUAACAAUUUGUAAUUUCUAAUCCAUACACGUGGUUAAUCAUUGUCUCUUCAUUUUAAGAUUUUUAAUACAAAUGUCAUUUUUAAAGAAACAAAUCCAAACUAUUGUUUGUGUUUCUGUGUUUCAUAUUCAGUGACUUAAUACAGUGUCAUGGCUGAGGUGGACAGGGGCAGGUGCCUGAUGCCCCCAAGAAUGGUUUGUCAGAUUUUGAAGAGAGAAGUGUCAGUGACAAGUUAGGAGACAUUACUCCCAACUCUUUAAACAUGAAAAAUAAUCAUCAAGGUCUAGGAAUCCCUGGGGUGUGGCUUUACCCUCUGACUGUUAAGAUGAACUGGAUAUUGAAUCUGUUCUUCUGACUUGGAGCAGGAAAGGAAGAAGCCAGCUGCUAAGACUGCCUUAGAUCUGGAAGAGUAACCAUCCACUGGUCAGGCAGGAUGGUGUUUUAGUGUUCUUUUUUUCUUUUUCUUUCUUUCUUCGUAUUUUGUUCUGCUUUGUUUAAAACACCUAUCCAGUUUAAAGCUUGUUUGGAGAAUAUGAUUUUCAAUUCUGAAGUCAUGCCUUGUAGUGUUUUCUACAGUACAUUUGGGCGGGUUGUGAAUAGUGUCUCAGCCCUUUUGUGGCUUUAAUUAGGAAGCAGAUCAUUAGGUUAAAAAAGAAGAGAAAACUUAAGUCUCUUGCUUUAUUACACUGUGCAGUUUGUGGACCAUUUUGACCUCAUGAAAUUUUCCUUCUAACAGCAGGAGGCAGUGUGAGCUUUUUAUUUUGUAUUUUGUUUUUCUUAAGGGCCAUUUUACUGAUAUCUUUAUGGAGUGGAAGGUGUAUGACUAUGUAUCAAAAGCACUUCAUAUAUACCUUAGGUCCAUAAAGUGUAGGGUGAAGAGUUUUGACUUUCCAAAAGAUUUAUUGUGUUGAGGGAGCCAAAAGAAGUUAAAGGCCACAGGUUUCUUAAAGCUGUAUUAACAUAUUUUGCCUUAAAAUGUUGUGUCUUUGGCCCAGGUGACCUCUCAGAAUUGCAGCAUGGAGGAGGAAUAGAGAAUUCUGCCUGGGUUUGGUUCUAAAGCUUUUUCUUUUUUUUUAACACUUGAUCUCAUUGAAGUUUAGUACCAAACUUAAUUAGAAGGUAAUGUAUAUAUGCUAAAUAAGAAAUUAGGAAAAAAUAUUCACACUUAGGCUUUGCAAAGUUUCAUUCUUGCAUUUGUGUAAAUUUAGUUAAUUCAAUAGAUCUAAAGUGUAAAGAUGAAAGCUCUGAAGACAUAUAACAAGUACUGUAUAAAAGAUUUUUUUAAAUGCAUUCAGUGACUUAGGAGUUUGUUUUAGUUUUUGGAAGCCUUUUGAUGUGAAAUACUGGCAAGUAUCUAAUUUAAGAAAUGUAUAUACUCCUGACAGGGAAUUUUUGAAAAUGGGAAAUUGGAAAUGAAAUAGGUUGCUGGGUGCAUUAAUCAUCUUCACAUAGGAUUUAGUCACUUACAUGACUAAAUUUUUUAUAGGUCUGGGAUGGCAGGGCAGAUGAUUUUAAUAUGCUCUUACUGAGUACUGUAAAAUAAAUGCUUUUUAGAUUCUCAAUGAAAGCAAUUUUGCGUGUGUGCCUGGAGCAGGAAAAUAGUAUUAAGUUUUGUAGCCUUCUCCAAUUAUUUUCUUCACGAAAUUGAGAAAUUAGGGACAUUGUUUUUAAGACUGUGUCAGUUUAUUUGGCUAGUAAGAACCCGUUAGAAUUAUGGUGUGAAGAGAUAAGGGCAUUUGUUUCCCUGAAAAGGGGGCUGACUUAAGGGUGUCAAAGGAAGGGAGGGAGGGAGGGAGGGAGUUUGUUGUAAGGCAGUCACCUGUCAAAACAGAAACUGGGUGGAAAAGGAACCUUUAUCUUGGAAAGCAAAAGUUAACUUUUAAACUUGACCCCUGCUGGUUUUUAACAGCUUUUCCUUUUGGUCCCUGACAGUCAUCCAAGCUUUAUGUUAUUUCAAAGGAUUAUUUCUGUUCUCCUUUUGUAAUAGCCUCAGAAAAGUUGAAGAUAGCAUUGGAAGUCUCACAUUUUCAUAUUUGGGGGUUACCAUUCUUAGGUAAAACAUUGUGCACCUUCUUAACUGCUGAAACAGACUCCAUCGCAUCACAUUUUAGGACCAGCUCUAUUUGGGGAUUAGAAUCUUUUCAGCAUGUGAGGCCUCAUGCUUCCUGAUUUAUUACCCUUUCCUGUAGGUAGGAAUCCAAAAAUGCUCUAUUGAUGUGAACUAUUUGGGUUGUUUUAAACAUGUUUUCACCAGCAUGUUGUUGCACCUACUUUUGAGUUAUUUUCCAGUAUUUCUCAUAGAUGGGAUGGGAGAGUGAGAGAACACUAUAGGUAGCAGCUGGUCUUGAGAAAUAGAUACAAAAUGCCUGUACCUUUACUGGCAUGAAAGGAUCUCUUUCCUUUUCACAACAGAAUAAGUCUCCUACUUACAAACAUUAGGGUUUAAUUGUAGAUCACCACCAUGAAUUGAAAUGAUAGCAAACAUUUGACAGAGUGUCUGCUUAAUUGGGAAAAACUUGCUAAUAUAAUUUUGUCCUGGUGAAAAUGUGAAGUUUUAAGUACUAUAUAAUAGAGUAUGGUAAGUUUGAUUGUGAUAUUUUACUCAGACUACUAUGAAUAAUCAAGUGCAUUUAAUUGAACAGAGUGCUAGUUCUAGAAGAUACAUUUGCUCUGAUGACAGUAGGAUUUUGAUCCUUGGAAAAGGCUUUUAUCAAUUUCAGAGGAUCUCACACUUGACCAUGUAUCAAUCACCUAGAGGUGAAAAUAAGUCUUGUAGGCUCUUCCUACAGUUUCUUAAUUCAGGCUAUCCAUCUAUUACCUCAGAAUUUUCAUUUCUGACAAGUUUCCAGGUGAUGCUGAUAGAACUGCUUCAGGGACCACAUUUUGAGAACCAAUGAUCUUGUCCAAACUCUAAAUGAGGACUUCACUGGGAACUACCUAGGGAUGCAGACUUCAGACCCGUUUCACACAUUUAGAGUGCUGCCUUCCACAAAAUCAUGGAGUGGUCUUGACUGAAUUCUGUGUCUAUUGAGGACACGUGCCAGUUACACUAGUGUUCUCUUACUUCGAGAUUAAAAGGCAAGAAUUUUAGUUUUUUAUGAUUCCUAGUAAGGAUUUUUUAAAAACUGUACUUGAGAAUUGAAAUCUUAAGGUCAUAGUAAGCACAUGCAUCUGUCUAUAUGUAAUGUCUGUGUGUUUUAAUACAUAUGUUUAGUUUCUUACCAGACUUUCUAGGAAUCAGUUCAGUGUCGUGUAGUUCUGUAGUUAAACAUCCUGGGACAAUGCACAGCAUAAAAUGGUGCCAUGCGUCUUGUUUCAUUGGAACUAAGUGUUGAAUGAUUUUGUUAAUUGGCGGGGGCAGCUGUUUAUAUUUUUCCUUUAUUAUUAAAUGGAAAUCUCUUUGGAAAUGUUUUUCUUAAGACUAGGAAACACAUCGUAUUUUGUGCAAUUGACUAAACUUGCUAUUUUCUUUGGAAUGAAUUACCUAGCACAAUUACGUGUACCUAAGUUUAUCAGAGGUUUGAAGAUGUGUGGUUGUGUUUUUGUGUGUGUAUGUGUGGUAAUUGUGCGAAUACAGCAAAAUAUUUUUUAAAAGUAGAAAAGAGAAUAUUGAUGCAUUGAGAAUACAGGUGCUCAAAAGGGCCCGAGAUUGUUCGUUGUUAAGAAUAUAGUUACAGUGGAUAGUGGUAAACAUGACAGAAAUAAAUUUAUUUCAUUAUUCAGCAAGCAUUUAUUAAUAUAUUAGUUGUGGUAUAAGGGCUAAUCCUUAAAUAGGCAAAAGCCAGACAAGGGAGCAAUGGCUUUGUGCUGAUCUUAUCAUCAUAAAUUGUGACAAUAGUGUAUAUUGAACAGUAGGAGUAUGUGGAAAAGUAGUUACCAUCAAUUAUAGAAUCCUGUGGGUCUGUCUGGCAGGCAACAGAGUAAGUCAAAUUUGUUAAAAAUUGGAACUUUACUUUGAAAGGUAUGUGAAUAUUGCAAAUAAAAAUGGAUCCGAUGAGGUUUACGUAACAGUUGUGUUGCAUGUGGAACUCUGUAAUUUUGUGCAUUGCUUCCAACUAACUUUUUGAGAUUAGCUGAAAUUGCAUAUUUGGAAAUAAAAAGUCAGUUUGCUUUUACAUUUUCAUGUCAAAGGAAAGAAGGGAAAUAGGCUUAUGAAAAUUGUUGACUGUAUUUUUAUUUGAGGAAACAAAAAAGGGAAGGGCAAUUAAUUUUCUAUUCUUAAAGAAAGAAGCAAUUGUUGGCAUAAGGUUUUCUGGGGUUCCUCAUGUAAUUAAGAUUCAAUGGAGUAUUUCUUCUGAAAAAGAUAAUCUAGAAAUGAGUGUACCAAAGAAUAAGGUUGACGUUUUAAGUUUGCUAAGCCUAUAAUUUUUUCAUACAGACGCUCUUGUUCUCAAGCCUUGUGUACUUACUGAAGAAGGCAACCAGCUCAGAGAAAGAAAUGUUAGGCAACAAACUAUAAGGAGUAACAAUAAUAGCAAUUAUUGUAAAACCAUAUGAACUAAAGAGAGUUGUGAUUAUUAACCUCCUGCAGUUUGUAAAAUGCUUUCUAGUGACUCUCUUGUGUAAAAUAUCUCAUGAAUUUAACAGCAUGCUUUUUAAAUGUAAAAAGUUUUAGAAUUAUAGAUAGAAUAGUUCAUCUGAAAGUACUUCAUUAUUUUUUUAAUCUUAUUAUUGUAAGACCAUUUAUGAGAUGAAAAUUUGUUACUUACACUUUUGUGGCUAAAGUAGAGGUCUUUAUGUUUUACAUCUGACCAUUUAUAAAAAGUUUUCAAAAAAUCUGGGUUGAAUCAUGAACUCAGAAUAUUUUAAUGUUAUUUAAUAUUUGCAUAUAAUAUAUUUCAAAAAUAUUCUCUUUUAAGGCUAAAAUUAUACUGAAUUAUCUCUUUCAAGAAAAGAGCCUCUAGAGAUCUGUACUAGUACCAGCAUAAUUCUGUAAGAACAUUUAUGUCAAUAAGAUAUUUAAAAAUAUAUUUUAGAUAGUUUUGCAUUUAUAUUCUAAGUAGGUAAUAGAAUUGCAAGUAUAUCUCUUAAGUUGGAUUUUAGCAUCAUUUCACAUCGAGUUUGAAAAAGGCUUGAGUUGGAAGUUCUUUACUCUGAGUUUGUUUAUCUUAGCUUUAUCACAUCACCUGUUUUUUCUUUUUGUGUAUCAUUUCAUUCAUCUACCUCAGCUUUAUGCAAACGGUGUCUCUCAUAUAUGUAAUCCAUGUUAGUAGAUUAAAAAACCUAAGACCUUAAUUAAUGGCUAUAUAAAUGUGUUUUCCAUAUAAUAAUGUAAAGGGAAAAGUAUUUUUCACACUAUGUUUGAGGUCCAGACUGAAAUAACCAACUAGUUAGAGAAGAUGGCCUACUAAAAAUAGAUAACUACCUUUUGAUAUGGGCAUAGACUUUGCAUUUCCUUUCUAGAACUGGUAAAGGAAUUUUUUAAAAAAAGAAUUCAAUUGUAGGAGUAUUCAUUUUCAUAUAUAUACAAAGGCCUAUAAAUCUUUCCAGACCACCUCUUCUUCCUUACUAAUCUGCUGAGGUCAAAAAAUGAGAAAUAAGCCGUGCACUCUCUCUCUCUCAGAGAAUACCUUAUAACCUAAAAGGGCCAACAAUAAUCCAAUCUGAAGAGCAAAAUUUUUCCUGCAUUUCUGUACAAACCAGCUUUUAAUUUGUCACAGAGGAAUCAUAAAUAGUGGUAAGGGCGAGAGAAUAUUUUCCUUAAUUAUUUUGGCAACAUCAAGCAAGCAGGCUGGGUACUCUGGUUGCUGAGGAAGAAGAGAUGAUAGAGCUGAGAAGGCAAUUGUGGAGAAGGCAGGCUGAGUUGAAAUCAUUCCUCAGCCCCCAUCCUCAUUCCUGCAUUCCUACAAUCCUAGAGGAUUUCCUUGUGUCCAGGCUUGUGAUUCACUGUGAUGCAAGAUUUACUGAGGCUUAGGGCCGCUGCCGAUGGCCAAAAAUGAAGGAGCCUUAUAGGAUGGUGUGAUAAUGCUACUGUAAUAAAUUCCACUCUAACUCAUACUUGCUUAACCUCAGUACUCCUAAUAUUUGUGGCUGGAUAAUUUUCCGUAGAGCAAUGUCCUGUGUUUCAGGAUGUUUAGCAGCAUCCCUGGCCUCUACCCACUAGAUGCCAGUAGCACCCCUUCCCACGCCAGUUUGACAGCCAAAAGUGUCUGCAGACAUUGCUGUCUAAUCUGAGGGGAGUGGGGGUGGAGGUUGCUGCUUAACAGCCCCUGCUUGAGAACUAUUACUGAGUUCAGCCUACCUGUGGAGUUGGGGGAAGCAUAAGUCAAGAGGAGAGAGGAGUUGAACCUAGGGGCCCUUGAAACUUUUGCUCCAGGAAAGUGCUGCAGUCAUGUAAAGUAUCAGUGUUCUCUAUUGUGCUUGGGACAAUAUCACUUUGAUCAGUUCAUUAAAAUCCACACCUCAGAGUAAAUCUCAGGGAUUGGAUUUUUCGGUGAUUUAAUUCAAAAGGUGGUUGUGCUGUGACUGGGGUGAUGAACUAAACUCACGGUCAGAGAGUAAGUACAUCAGGUCAUGCUGAUAAUUAAGUAGAGGGACCUAGAUGGGAAAUCAAGGGCAACAGUGUUGCAAUUUUGUUCAGAGCCUCUGAAAGCUCCACAAGAAGACAUGUGGAAGGCUUUCAGUCUCGCCCAGCCUCCUCCACUCACCUGUCCCUUUCCAGUUAAUCCAGGCCCCUGUUCCCCACUGGCCCUCCUCACUUUGGGCUGGAAAGGAUGCAUUUAUGCAUCUACCUCUCCUUAUUUUCACUUUUGCAAUUCCUCCCACCCUCCCCCUUUCUUCCUUCUACUCUGCCUUCAGAACUAAUGGCUGAAUGUGUCCAGGGCAGACCUCAGCUAGUUAACUGCUCACACUUAUCUGUGUGCAAACCCCGCUGCCAGGCUGUUAAGAAGGGAGCCGUGGAGGCAGUAGAGAUUGCCUGUUAAUGAAGUGAUUGUGGGAGCUGGCAGUUUCUAGCCAGCAGCACACAGGCUGUGGCUGCUAACCCCUGAAAUGCAGCAUUAAGGACUAUCCUGUCAGCAAAUUCAUGAAUGUGAAGUUAACUCAGUGACCAUGGACUUCUAACUCACUUGGUCACGAUUGUCUUUGUCCUUAAGUUUUAAAUGAACACACCUUAAAAUCCAUGUAAGAUACCUCUAAAAACUUGAAGCAACCACAGACUCUACCUGGUGGGACACUUGUGAUUCUACAUUUCACAGGGGGAACACUUGGAAACCUCACAUUCCUAGUAAGUGGACGACAUAACAGCUUUGUAACUGAGAGAGACCCAUCUCUAAGCCCAUCAAAAGAUUCUAAACAGCUACAAGUCUAACAAAGGUAGGCAGUAAAUAAAAUAAUUCUUUACAAUAAAAAGAACCAUUUGGUGAAAGUGGAUGAGUGAUUUAUGUAGCUGAAACUUGCUUCUUAAAUUUGAAAGCAGUCAUGCAUUAGGAUGGAUGGUGUUCAUGGAGAUAUUCUCUGUAGUAUCUUUGUAUUAAAUCAAAAAGGGAAACAUCUGAUUGAACUGCUAAUGUGAUCACAAUUAAGAUAUAGAAAACUGUUUUUGUGUAUCUAGAUUUCCUGUUUUUCUUAUAUUCUGUUUUCCUCUUUUAUAAAUUAUCUGUACUGUUUUGCAACAAUUUUUCUUAUCUCUGAGUUUUAUUAGCUUUGAGUGUUAUGUUUUCUUUCUGAUUAAAGAGUCUAUAAUGAGGGAAAUUAGUUAUGAAUCAUUGUAGCCAGUAGCCAAGAAAAUAUAUGUAUUCAUAUAUUUAAACAAAUAAAUUAAUUGUGUAGGA